UCUCAUUUCCUCUCAAAACCGAGAGAGAAAGAGAGAGAGAAGAGAGAGAGAUAGAGGGAGUGAGAGAGCUCUCUGGCUGAUCUUUUUUUACCCGAUCAGAUCGAAGAGUUUUAUCUCGAAAUUCGAACUUUCUGUGUGGUUGCUCUGACCAAGAGAUCCAAGCUUCACACAAUUGUCGUUGAUUCAUUCUCGUAAAGAUCUAUCGAAUCCCAGAAUUUGCUGAUUACACGAGUUUCACGUCGAAUUCUGGAGAAUUGGCGAGGAAAACUUGCAGCGGAGGCUGGUUUUGGCUAAAUCGACCAGGAUUUUAUCGAAAUUCUAGGAGUUUUCUCGUGAAAAAGCGACUGAGAAAGCAUAAUUCAGCGACUUUCGAGCUCAAUUCCUCUUCUACAAGGAUCGGAGAAGGCGAAUCUCGUGAAUUAGCAUACAGAUCUGAGUUGGUAGCUACAGAAUUCCGUCGAAUUCCAGAGGAAUCAAGCCAAAAUUUUGCGAAGAAGUAUCCGAGAAAGACGCAGAAUCGUGAUAAUUCCCGCGCGCAGAGGAUAAUUCAAAAUCAAGAACUGUCGAAGCUUCUGUUGAUGGAACUUCCUCAACCUCGUCCCUUCAAAACCGAAGGGAGAAAACCAACACAUGAUUUUUUAUCGCUCUGCAGUCAUUCAACCGUCCAGCCAGAUCCAAAGCCAACACCUUCUUCUCAAGGUAGCUACUUGAAAACCCAUGAUUUUCUUCAACCGUUAGAAUGUGUUGGUGCUAAAGAAGAGGCAAGUAGGAUCAACACUACAACUACAGCGUCCGAGAAACCACCGCCGCCUGCACCACUGCAGCAUGUGCUUCCCGGUGGUAUAGGGACUUACACAAUCAGCCCCAUUCCUUACUUUCAUCAUCAUCAUCAUCAUCAGAGAAUUCCUAAGCCGGAGUUGUCACCACCGAUGAUGUUCACUGCUGGUGCGCAAGGGAGUGGUGGUAACGAGAGAAACGUUGUGGACGAGAAUUCAAACUCUAAUUGUAGCUCGUACGCUGCUGCAGCAAGCGGGUUUACUCUGUGGGAUGAAUCUCGUUCUGGGAAGAAGGGACAGACAAGGAAGGAGAAUAAUGUUGGGGAGAGAGCAAACAUCAGAGCUGAUGUUGCAACAACUAUGGGACAGUGGCCAGUAGUGGAACGACAGUCCCAAUCUUUGACAAAUAACCAUUUGAGCGGUUUCAGUUCUCGCUCUUCCUCUCAAGGGUCUGGACUAAAGAGCCAGAGCUUCAUGGACAUGAUAAGAUCAGCGAAAGGAAGUUCACAGGACGAUGAUCUAGAUGAUGAAGAAGAUUUCAUCAUGAAGAAAGAAAGCUCAUCCACUAGCCAGAGCCAGAGAGUGGAUUUGAGAGUAAAAGCAGACGUGAGAGGCUCUGGUAACGAUCAAAAGCUGAACACGCCUAGGUCCAAACAUUCUGCUACAGAGCAACGAAGGAGGAGCAAGAUCAAUGAUAGAUUUCAAAUGUUGAGACAACUGAUACCUAACAGCGACCAAAAGCGGGACAAGGCCUCCUUCUUACUAGAGGUUAUCGAGUAUAUUCAAUUCUUACAGGAGAAAGCAAAUAAGUAUGAGACCCCUUACCAGGGAUGGAAUCACGAACCUGCGAAGCUAUUGAACUGGCAGAGAAACAAUCAACAGCUAGUACCUGAAGGAACCGUUGCUUUUGCUCCUAAGUUGGAAGAAGAGAAGAGCAACAUUCCGGUUUCAGCCCUUGCAACAGCACAAGGCGGAACUAUUGAUCAAUCAGAAACAUUGAACCGAGCAAUGCCAACGACCACUCCAUUUCCUAUGUCAGUUCAAAGCAACAGUUUAUUCUCUCCUGUAAUUGCGGGUAACCCCGUAACUCAGUUCCACACAAGAGUCGCAUCAUCUGAAACCGUAGAGCCUAGCCCGAGUUCUCGGAGUCUGACUCAGCCAUUGAAAGAAGAAGGAGAAGAAGAAGAUGAGGAAGUUCAUGAGGGUAACAUCAGUAUAUCAAGUGUUUACUCACAAGGGUUAGUGAAAACACUAAGAGAAGCACUGGAGAAUUCAGGAGUGGACUUGACGAAAGCAAGCAUCUCCGUUGAAAUCGAGCUUGCUAAACAAUCCUCUUCCUUCAAGGAUCAUGAAGUUCGUGAACCGAUUUCUCGAUCCGGAAACGACGACGUAAGGCAAACUCGGAAACCAAAACGGCUCAAGACGAACAAUAGAAGUUAAUAUUUUGAGACCCAAGACUAGUGAGACACACGGUUCUGCUAACCGCAUUUUAGACUGUAAUCACAAAUCUUCUGUGGGAUUUUGUUUUUGCUUUUGAGGAAUAUCAUUAAGGGGAAGGCUUAUCCAUGUUUUCUGGACGCUUCCUCUGAUUAGUGAAGUCACUCUUCACUCUAUUAUAAAGUCAUCAUCUCACAUUUUUUAGCAAUUUUUGUAUCUUACCUCUUUUUUUUUUUUGGAUAUUGGUUUCAAAAGUGAUAUUUAU